UUCGCGUUUGCGUUUAAAUGCUUGUUUGUAGCCAAUCCACUGAGGAGGGGGAGGAGCUGUGGAACCAGUUUUAGGCGGUGACAAACAGUUGCGCUUUCUUCCUCAUCCAGUCGUUUACAGCUAGUGUCAGAGAAAACAGAGUAAGCGCAGCCAUGACAAAGGACCCCAAUAAGCCCAGAGGGAAAACCUCAUCCUAUGCCUUCUUUGUUGCAACCUGCCGUGAGGAGCACAAAAAGAAGCACCCAGGAACCAGUGUCAACUUUUCAGAGUUCUCCAAGAAGUGCUCAGAGAGAUGGAAGACCAUGUCGGCCAAGGAGAAGGUGAAGUUUGAUGAGAUGGCCAAGAAUGACAAGGUCCGCUAUGACAGGGAGAUGAAGACCUACAUUCCUCCUAAAGGUGCAAAGAAGGGCAAGAAGAAGAAGGACCCCAAUGCUCCAAAAAGACCACCCUCUGCUUUCUUCGUGUUCUGCUCCGACCACCGUCCCCGGAUCAAGGAGGAGAAUCCUGGCAUCUCCAUUGGUGACAUCGCCAAGAAGCUGGGAGAGUUGUGGGCGACACAAGGCGCCAAAGACAAGGCUCCGUAUGAAGCAAGGGCAGGCAAACUGAAGGAGAAAUAUGAGAAGGAUGUCGCUGCCUACAGAGCCAAAGGAGGCUCAGGGAAGAGUGAUGCUGGGAAGAAGAGUGGUCCUGGGCGGCCCCCGGCCAGGAAGGCUGAGCCUGCUGACGAUGACGACGACGAGGAUGAAGAUGAUGACGAGGAAGAUGAUGAUGAUGAGGAUGAUGAUGAAUAGGUGGUUUCUAUGUGAAAGGAUGUGAAGUUUGCGAUGCAUUGUUCAGCUUAAACCAGUUUCUUUUUGUGUGUGGAUGAUUGCAACAUUUAGCCUGCUGUCCCUGUGGGUCUGACAGACCUGAAUGUCUCCUUCUGAUUCAGGGAUUUAGUUUUAUAUCCUCUUAGUCCACCAUGUUAAUUCUACUGAACUCGGGUUUGUUACACCUUAGAACCUUGUUGCUAUUUAAACAGCAAUGAAUUGGACUGAAGCUCCAGCAACGGACGGCAGGAGAACAUCUAUUAUUAUUUUUUUUUUGUUUUAAUAUUGUUUCUGGAAGCACUGCUUGUUUUCUGUUUUUAGUGGUGCUGGGUUUUUUUUUUUUUACUGUUUUACUACCAGGAUGUUUCUGUAGCUUGAUUAAAGAUGUUUGCAGCCAUUUUUAAAGUGGAACUUUAAAACCUGUAGAACGAAUUUUCUUUUUAUAAUAAAAUUUUGUAUAUUGAUUAUA